AUGAACGAAAAGAAAUAGCACUUAGCUAAUUCUUAGCAUUAAAAGCGUUAGCAGUCGAUAGUUGUCAACUCAAGUUAGCAAUAUCAGCCUGUAAAUAAUAGCUCAAAGGCUCAAGAGGGAAGAGUAUUCGUCCGUAAUCCUAUAGUCAACGGAAGUAAAAUGAAGAGAACUCACGAAUCAAUCAAUUAUGAGAACAAUGUCUCUCAGAUAGAUCAUCAAAACUACUCUUAGUUGAAUAGUUCUCAACUUAAAAAAUAGAUAAUUGUAAACAAUAAGAAAUUGAAGUUGAAUAGAGCAGCAGUACAAGCUCAAGCAGCAAUGUCCACCAAUUAAUCUCAGAAUAAUUCUCUUGUCCAGCAACUUCUGCAAAGUAUGCCUUCCCCUCAGAAAAUUCUUCAUGGUGCGAGCAUGAAUGCUCAACCCAAUAUAAAUUUAAAAUCAGCUGUAAAUUAUCAUCUAUCGAUAACAUACUAUUACUAGAGAAGAUAUCAAUUAGGUGGGAACAGUAACGCUGGUAACGGUGUAAACUAACAGAAAUAGUUACUUCCAACGCAUACUCAGCUUAGCCCUUAAAGCAUAAAUAUGCAGUUAGUUAAUUAACUGCAACAAUAUUCUUAAGGUCCUCCUUAAAUGCAGACCAUUAAUAUAAGCUCAUACAAGGCUACACUGCCUUAGAAUAAAAACAUAAAUUUAUCCCUUGAUAGAAGUACAAUUCCCCAUCAAAAUGAUUUAAUGCUUUAAAGUCCAAUAUCAAGUGACACAAACAGCUCUAUAAAUACCUUAGAUUAGACUUUGAGAUUGAGAAUAGGAGCUUCUUUGCCUAAAGGAAUGUCAAACAAUUCAUCAGGAAUUCAAAACUAGAAUGGUGUUCCAACUAAUCAUUUCUACCAGACUUAGAGUUUGACUAGAGAGGGUUAUGGGUAUUAACCUCAAUAACUUCAAUAAAAUAGUUUGAAUUUCAAUAGUCUAGACAAUUCUACUGACAGAAUUAAUAGUAAAAGGAUCUUUAAUGAGUCUUGCACCUACGGCUCCCAGGCUCAAGCAAAUAAACAAUCUUCUUAGAACGUCAAAAGAAACAAUUUCAUAACGAGUCCUUAUAAUAACUAAGAUGAGUAGAACAUCCCGAUGUCACCAGAAUCCUAAUCAUAACCGAAUCCACCAACUUUAAGAAAGAUAACUUUAAAUCAGAGAAUUUAAUAAAAAAACUUGAUUAGACAAUCCUAGAAUAAUAUUUAAGGACAAUAAUAACAAUAGUUUCAUGAUGAUUAGCUCUAGCAAUAGCCGAUCAACUUAAGAAAUAAAAAAAUCUCUCAGUCAAAGGUGCUAUAAAACUCUAAUUAAUUUUCAAAUAAUAGCUUAUAAUAUCAAUAAAUAAUCUAAAACAUACAAUAGUAAAGGUAAUAAAUUAUAGAUGGAAAUCAAAAUCAAGAGCCUUCUGAAAAGUUAUAGCAAACUAUUUCUAAAAUAUAUGGGAAACAGAGAAAAGACAGCGUCUCAGGCUCAUAAGACCCAAAUCUAUCAACGAUUGAUCAAUCUCAGAUAGCUUAGAUAUAAACAAAAGGGAAAUAAAUCAAGAUCAAGAAAUCAUUCAUUAAAAAUAGUGAGAUCUCAAGUCAGCUUAAUCAAAGUUUGCAGAAUAAUCUGCUAAACUCAUCCAGUAAUGUCCCACAACUGAACCUGAGUGAGGUCAGCUAAGAGAGAACAAACGAACAAUAAAAACCUUUGCUAUUAAACUUGAAUGGGGUAAAUCAAGGUAACUUAACCUCAGCUAGAAGACAAUAGAUCAAGGUUGACACAAUCAGGAAUAAGAUUAAUUUGACCUAGCAAGACCACUCAAAUCAACUCAAUCCUGUGGUAUUGUAACAACAAUAACCUACUAAUAGAUCUAAUAGGUCAAACAACUUAAACGUUGUUGAGAAUGAAAAUGGCUCUAACUCUCACAGAGAAACUGCUAUUUCAAAGACUAUAUCAUCUGCUAGAUAAGAAGUAGAUUCUCAAAUUACUCAAAAGUCACAUCCAUUACUUUAGCCCGGCUAGGCAUCAAAUGAUUCAAUAAGACUUGAGGAUAUUCAAUUCCCUAUUACUCCUGGAAGGACUCUUAAGUAUUUCAAGAAUUAAUUGUCAUAGUAUGAGCAAGCAGAGAUACUUGAUUAUCCAUAGAUUUAUUACAUUGGCCAUGGAGCAUAGAAAAUCAAAGGGUCUCCUCAGAAUGAGUUUAACUAUGGCUAUGAUGAUAAAAAGGGAAAUUACAAAAUUAUCAUGAAGGAUCACAUUGGAUAUAGAUAUGAAAUCUAAUAAUUCUUGGGCAAAGGAUCCUUUGGCAUUGCUCUUAAAUGCUUUGAUCACAAAUUAAAGGAGUAAGUAGCUCUUAAAGUGAUUAAAAACAAAAAGAAGUAUUAUUACUAAGCUGGUGUAGAAUUGAAGAUUUUGUAAUACUUAAAGGAAAAUGACCCAGAUGAUACUAUGAAUAUAAUCCAUAUGAAAGAUUAUGUCAUUUUCAGGAAGCAUUUAUGCAUUUCAUUUGAACUAAUGAGCAUAAAUUUAUAUGACUUCCUGAAACUAAAUGAUUUUGAAGGGCUAUCACUUGGCUUAGUAAGAAGAUUUGCUAUACAGCUCCUUUAUGCUCUAAAAUAUUUAAAGGAACACGAGGUUAUUCAUUGUGAUCUUAAGCCUGAAAAUAUUCUGCUUAAAGAUCCUACUAAAUCAGGAAUAAAAAUCAUAGAUUUUGGAAGUUCUUGUUUUUAAGAUGAAAGAGUCUACACCUAUAUUCAGUCUAGAUUCUAUAGAGCACCUGAAAUCAUUCUUGGAAUACCUUACACUACAAGUAUCGAUAUGUGGUCAUUCGGAUGCAUAAUGGCUGAGUUUUGCAUAGGUUACCCUCUAUUCCCAGGGGAGGAUGAGAUGGAGUAACUUGCUAUGAUUAUGGAGGUAUGUGGGAUACCCUCAUAAGAAGUGUUAUUGGUGAGUCAAAGGAAAAAGAAAUUUUUCAAUGAUGACAAUGUCCCUAUUUUAGUACCGAACUCCAAAGGUCAGGUAAGAAAACCUGGAACAAAAGUUAUUGAGGAUAUUUUAGAGUGUAAAGACGAUGCCUUUGUAGAUUUUGUAGAUAAAUGCCUAGAUUGGAAUCCUGAGACCAGGAUGUCGCCAGAUAUGGCUCUCAGACAUCCGUGGAUCCUUGAAGGACUGCCACCUAAGGUGUUAAUCCAUCAUCAGAAGUUGCAUAAUAUACCAACUUCUGAACUACCUCCUCACAUAAGAGAACUUAGAAAAGAAUAUCUUUUGAAGGAGUAAAUGAGCAGCAAUCAGUAGUAAAUCUAGCUAUAGUCUCAAUAAUAACAAUUAAACAGCUAGUAAUAGUAUCAGCAUAGAUCUGAGCCACGCAAGUAAACUUAUCAAAACCCAGUGAUUUCGAAAAGAAUUCAGAACUAACUAAUAAAUCCAUCUUUGUAAAAUUAAAACUCAGAUCAACCUACUGCUUAAUCUUAAGAAAAUGGUUCUAAUUUCAAUGUGAUUUCCCCUCGAACAAAGAAAAUAGUUCUAUAAAGUUAAGAUAUUUAAAAGCAAAGCAUUCCAAGUACUGUCAAAAGUAGUUAAAAUACUAUUGAUAGCAAUAAAAACCUAGAAAAUACUCUCAGAAACAGAAAGAUAAUUCUAUAAAGUGGACUUAAAAAAGGAGAAAAUUAAAAAUAGUAGCAGUAGUAAUAGCCUGCUAAUGAGCAAGCUCAAACGAAUUAAAGCAUUACAAGGAAAGCUAUUAAUAACUGA